AUGGAAAAGAUUACAGACAAGAUCGCCGCGCUGCCGGCCGACGCCGAGUACUUUUCCCUCGAGUUCUUCCCGCCCAAGACGGCCAUGGGCUUCUCCAACCUGCGCGACCGGCUGCACCGCAUGGAGCAAGGGCUGCGGCCGCUCUUUGUCAACGUCACCUGGGGCGCCGGCGGCACGACGGCCGACAAGUCGCUCGAGCUGGCCGAGCUGUGCCAGCGCGAGCUCGGCAUGACGACAUGCCUGCACCUGACGUGCACCAACAUGAGCCGCAAGCUCGUCGACAAGGCCCUCGACGACGCCAAGGCCCUCGGUAUUCGCAACAUUCUAGCCCUGCGCGGCGACCCCCCGCGCAAGGAGGAGUACCGCACGGCCAGCGACGACGACGACGAGGCCGAGGGCGAGGCCGGCGACGACUUUGUCAUGGCCCUGGACCUGGUCAAGUACAUUCGCAAAAAGCACGGCGACUACUUUUGCAUCGGCGUCGCCGCAUACCCCGAGGGCCACGCUGACGAGAGCCACCCACUGGGCCAGUGCCUCGAGCACGACCUGCCCUACCUGGUCGACAAGGUGCAAGCCGGCGCCGACUUCAUCAUGACGCAGCUCUUCUUCGACAUUGAGGCGUACGAGCAGUUUGAGACGGCGCUGCGCCAGCACCCCAGCGGCGCCUUCCGAACCAUUCCCAUCAUGCCGGGCCUCAUGCCCAUCCAGAGCUUUGCCAUGAUCAAGCGCACGGCCAAGCUCAGCCACGCCGCCAUGCCGGCCGCCAUCCUCGAGCGCCUCCACGCCGUCAAGGGAGACGACGAGCGCGUCAAGGCCAUUGGCGUCGACAUUCUCAGCGAGCUCGUCGAGCAGAUCCGCACCGUCAAGCGCAAGACGCCCGGCCCCCGCGGCUUCCACUUCUACACCCUCAACCUCGAAAAGGCCGUGACGUUUAUCCUCGAGCGCACGCACCUCAUCCCCGACGAGCCCGCGACGCAAGAGGACGCCGUCGUCGACGGCGGCCCGACAUCGGGCCCCUUCCUCCAGGUCAACGGCCACGCGAUCCCGCCCCCGCGCAGCCACUCGCGCUCCACGCGGCGGCACUCGUCGGUCGGCUCGGACCCGCACAACCGCGUCAUCGCCAGCACCGGGCGGCGCACCAACCCCGAGUGGGAGGCGACGGGCGCCGAGGCGGCCGUGCCCGCCGCGCAGCUCAACGCGCGCGCCAACACGCUCGCCAUCUCCGAGGGCGAGGGCGCGCUCGGCCGCGAGGCCACCUGGGACGACUUCCCCAACGGCCGCUUCGGCGACUCGCGCUCCCCCGCCUACGGCGAGAUUGACGGCUACGGCGUCAGCCUGCACAUGUCGGUCACGCAGGCCGUCAAGCUCUGGGGCCACCCGGCCACGACGCGCGACAUUGACGACAUGUUUGUCCGCCACGUCCGCGGCGAGCUCCCCGCCCUCCCCUGGAGCGAGGAGGAGCUGCUCGCCGAGUCCUCCACCAUCACGCCGCACCUCGCCGCCCUCAACGCAAAGGGCUGGUGGACCGUGGCCUCGCAGCCGGCCGUCAACGGCGUCCGCUCCGCCGACGCCACCUUUGGCUGGGGCCCCGCCAACGGCUUCGUCUUCCAAAAGGCCUUUCUCGAAUUCUUCAUCUCCUCCGCCGACUGGGCCGCUCUCAGGGACAAGCUGCAGCGCCCGGGCGUCCGCGAGGUCGUCUGCUUCUACGCCGGCAACGCCGCCGGCGACUUUGUCAGCUCUGACAGCAACAGCACCGUCACCGCCACCGCCAGCAGCACAAACGCCGUCACGUGGGGCGUCUUCCCCGGCAAGGAGAUUGUCACCCCCACCAUCAUCGAAGAGGUCUCGUUUCGCGCCUGGUGCGAGGAGGCCUUUGGCAUCUGGGGCGAGUGGUCCCGCGUCUACGGCAGGGGUUCGCCCAGCGCGACCCUGCUGAGCGGCAUCCGCGACGACUACUGGCUGGUCAAUGUCAUUCACCACGACUUUGUGGACCACCAAGCCCUGUGGGACCUGCUGCUCGCGUAA